AUGCUCCGAUUGGUGUGGCGAAUGCCACGCAGUGGGUGGCGCAGCAUACCAAGUAGUAUGCGACACUUUCAAACUGAGAAUCUGGCAUCGGACGCUUUCACAAAAACGUCGGCCAAUCAUGCAGAGAGAUUAGCUAAAUCGAAACGCUUUAUCGCGGCUCUAUCACCAGCUGAUAGGCGUGUGGUGGCAUCCAUGCUACGUGUAGACCACGCAGGAGAGAUUGCGGCGAAUACGAUUUACGAGGCGCAAGCCGAUGUUUUUGGAUUUUUGGGAAAGCAAGCGACGAAGAAGCUCAUGUUGGAAAUGUGGGACAAUGAGCGCAAACAUCUUGCAUCGGCAUGUGCCAUGCUAGAUGAAUAUAAUACGCGGCCAUCAGCUCUUACUCCAGCUUGGGCAUUAGCUGGGCGCAUCCUUGGUGGCGCUACGGCACUGAUGGGUGAAAAGAGUGCCAUGGCAUGUACAGAGGCUGUUGAGACAGUCAUUGGCGAACAUUAUGAUGACCAGUUGCUUCAUUUGGAGCACAUUGGAGAAACGCUGUCGCGCGAAUACCAAGGCAAGCAAGCUGAAGAGCUCAAAGAGAUUCUUACGCUCCUACGUAAUGUCUUGAUGGAGUUUCGGGAUGAUGAACUGGAGCAUCUCGAUACCGCUGUUGAGCAUGAUUCGCAGCAGGCACCCGCGCAUGCAUUACUGGCGGCCGUUGUCGAAUAUGGUUGCAAGGGAGCGAUCGAGAUUGCCAAGCGCAUCUAG